UACAUACAUAUAUAUAUAUAUAUUGCUGGUUUAGCUACUCUGUAUUGCUUUUAAUUACAUUGAUUUUUUGGUCACUGGGUUUCAAUGGCAAGUAGUGAUUACGUGAAGGAGAUUGAGAGGACGCGCAGGCAUCUUAGAGCCCUCAUCUCUUCCAAGAAUUGCGCCCCAAUCAUGCUCCGCUUGGCAUGGCAUGAUGCUGGCACUUACGAUGCAAAAACAAAGACAGGAGGUCCCAAUGGAUCGAUCCGAAAUGAGGUUGAGUACAUGCAUGCUGCAAACAAUGGCAUCAAAAUUGCAAUUGAUCUUUGUGAGGAAAUUAAACUGAAGCACCCAAAAAUAACAUACGCGGAUCUUUACCAGCUUGCCGGAGUUGUUGCAGUUGAGCUGACCGGAGGACCUACCAUCGAUUUUGCACCUGGAAGAAAGGAUUCUGCGGUCUCCCCCGAAGAAGGUCGCCUUCCUGAUGCCAAUGGAGAUGCUUUGCACCUGAGGGAUGUCUUCUACCGGAUGGGACUUACCGACAAAGACAUUGUCGCACUCUCUGGAGGCCAUACUUUGGGAAAAGCCCAUCGCGAACGAUCAGGAUUUGAAGGCACUUGGACUAAGGAGCCUCUCAAAUUCGACAAUUCUUAUUUUGUGGAGAUUCUCAAAGGAGAUUCAGGGGGCCUGUUGAAAUUGCCAACUGAUAAAGCUCUUGUGAAGGAUCCAGAAUUUCGCAAAUACGUCGACAUCUAUGCUAAGGACGAAGAAGAGUUCUUUAGAGAUUACGCUGUAUCACACAAGAAAUUGUCGGAGCUGGGAUUCGUUCCGCCGUCAGCUGUGAAGCUGGCGUUGAAGAAAACAGUAAUGGCGAUAGGUGUUGCUGCAGCAGUGGUGAUUCUCAGUUACUUUCAUGAAAUUACAUAUAAACACAAGUCUGAGUAGUUUGAAUGUAUAUACAAUAUGUGUAUGAUUAUGUGAAAGUUUGUGUAAUUACAUUAUGUGUGCUAUAUAUGUAAUUGUACA